GAAUAAACGUAUAGGUGGUAGUCUGACAUUUGCGAUGAAAAAGAAAACAGUAUGUGAUGAUAUGAAAUGAAUUCAGAGUAAAUAUUCAACAACUAAGUGGCUUGAUACAGAUUUGAAAUCAGAAUGGAUAAAAUUAAAAAAGAAGUCGCGAAGAAGAUGUCAAAGGACCAGAAAGACCCAGAUGUUCAUAGAUAUAUCGUUGACAAUGGAGUCGUUAAAAUCAAGCAGCAUUUAGAAAAACUCAAAAAAGAUUCGUCGGACUUAAAAUUAGAUGAAAAGAAAGAUUGGAGAAGAAGAGAGAAAAUAUUGAGAGAAACAAUAGACGGUGUCAAAGUGUUGCUUUUUAUACUAAGCAGCACGACAGAUGAUGACGUCAUACGAUUCAGGCAAUGUGACGAAGUUUUCCCAAUUGUCUUCGAAAUUGGCAUGGCUACCUGUACAAUUACGUGCAUAAUAUCUACUCAUUUAUCCAUGAGAUUUUCUCCCGACAAUAGGAAAUUUUGUUGUGGACUUUUGGAGAUUCCCGUCAUUUUUGAUCAGGUGUUAGCUUACUUAACACCAGAGAAAUCAACGGAUUUAUCAGAUGCUUCUACUAUUGACGGAGUUGUUCAAAAUGAAAUGAUAUUAUGCAGGGCGAAACUGCAUGAGGAUUGCAUCAAGUUUAAUAUAUUUGUUUCCAAAAAAGUGAGAACAGUUUUGAAAAUAAUGGAACUAAGCCAAUUUAGAACAAGAGAAGGUUUUAAACCAUUCCUUUCGAAUGUUGUGAAGGAAUUUUACUUUCUACAGAGGGCCUGUGGACUUGCAAGAGAAAUUUUAAAAUGCACUUCAGACGAGGACUGGUCAUCACAUACUUUCGAAUACAAGAAAAUGUUUAAAUGCCUGAAACGGUUGCUAAGCUAUGGAAGUAAAGCUCUUCGCAGUCUGAGUUUUGAUGAGCUAUCAUGGGUUGAGUUUAAAAUGAUCGACCGUGUUUGCCAACAAAUAACACAAUGUAAACAAAGUUUGACAGCCUACAAGUACUUACAGAGUAUUGAUAAGCCGUCAUCGGGAACUUGUAUAAUGGUCAAUCCUGUUCGCAAACAAAGUUUGACAAACAACAGGCACAUGGAUAGUGACACUAGAAGCUAUGAGACACUUAAUCCUCUACUAAAAGAAAUUGAAAUUUUGUGUUUCAAAAUCGGCGAAACUGUUGAGUUUGGAACUAAGUGUUUACCGCCAGGAGAAAUACAAAUAGAGGAAGAUGUCAGUGUUUGCUUUUCGUCGGAUUUUGAAGGAUUUAUAAUAGAGAAUGAUACAAACGAAAAAGGGAAUGACUGUACUGAAGAGUCAGCCAAUGAUUCUGACGAUGACGUUGUAAAUGACUCGGACUUUGAGGGAAGUUUAACAAAAAUACCUCCAGAGGAAAUUGAAGAAGUUCUAAAAAGCAGUGAUAUAGAUAGAAGUGAAAUAAUCAACACUUACAAAAUGGAGGGAUUCGAGUCACCUGUUGAUAUUCGCGUAGAAAAUAAAUAUGCAUUUACAUGUCGGUGUGUCGGCGGUAAGGUCUUCAAAUAUGGUAGAUGGUAUUCAACGAAAAAUGUAGCCGUUGAGGGAAGCCAAGUUUCUAUGAAAAUUGAACCAGGGGAAUACUUAUUAGUUCACUAUGAUUUUCCUACAUACGAGGUGACAUUUAGUAAUGAAGACGUUAAAAGGGGCAUAGCGAUGUCUAUUCCAGAAGCAAAUUGUUCAAUAAAACUUCCAUCUUCAGAUGCAGGCGCUGUUACCAUUAACUUUAAGGUACAUCUUACGGACAAAGAAAGAAUUAAAAAAUACCAAGAAGAAAACCCUAACAAAUAUGGCAACGUAACAAUAUCCGAAGGUUUGCAAACAAGAGCAAAAUCAGGACAAGUAACUGAAGGAACUGUAGAAUUCGCCGAAGUCGAUGAACCGGAAAAAUCAAUAUUUGUUCGCAUGUCUACAGACACUCAGUUCAGAAAUUGGAAUCGUGAUAUAGUGGAACCGGAAGUUAGAAGAGGCAAAUUGGUCUUCAAUGUGAUGUUGAAUAUAGAUGUCCCAUUUUACAUCGUACAGAUCAAAGAUGAAAAUUUGAAACCACGUAUUAAAGAUCCAAACAACAAACAAAGUGUUCUUAAGACAGUGCAAAACUUAUUUCACACUCUUCUUGGAUUUAAAUCAAAAUGCAAACUAUUAACAUUGUAUAAGGUACCCGAGGAAAUGGGUGGCAUAAUUGAACUGUGUGUGCUUUGUAUUGAGUCAAAAGGAUUUGAUCUUAGCAAACAAGCAAAGAAGUUUUUUGAAAAGAAAUGGAUGCAAAUUGAAGAUGGGGACAAAAGCACAGACUUUACCAUUAGAUCUGGUGAAGAAAUCUGUCUAGAGUUCCGCGGGAACGUGAAAGCAAUAGAAGGACAAAGUUCGGUUAUUAAAUUUCUUAAGAACGGCUCCAAUUUUGCACAUGUAAAACUUCGCUCCUUAAGCAACAAGGAUCCAAAUGGUUAUAUAUUGAUGGUCCGUAAGGACAAACUUUUAGAUUGGAAAAGAUUGGAUUCGGGCUAUCUUGUAGAAAAGUAUGAAGCGGGGGACAAAGUGAGGAAGAUGGGUAUGCAGAAGGAAAAACUUACAUCAGUAUUACAAAAUGAUCCGCAGCAUAUUUUAAAUUCCAUCUUUACCAAACUUUCGGCUGACGACAAACAGCAGCUGAAACAGGAGCUACAAAUGACUGCUCAAAAACAAGAAGUUCAAUUCAUGGAACGAUUUAUUGCUCGUAUUCAACAGCAAAAGAAACCUCUAGAAUUCUUGGCAGGUGCACUAAGGAUAAUCGGCCAGGACAAUCUUUUAUGGAACCAGUUAGAAAGCAUGACAUCAUAGAUUCUUGACGGUGUUUUUACAUUUAGCUUUAGCGAAUUGGCAAAGAAAUUAUCACCUGAAACCAAAUAGUUAGUAUGACAUAUGAGUGUUUAAGUAGUAGCUCCUGUAAGUUCUAGAUAAAGUCCAAGUUAAUUGUAUAUUAAUUCUUACUAGAAUAUUUAGUUUUCUAGGCAUGAUUUUUUGUAUAUUUUAUUUUAAAACUGUAAAACGAAGAAUUAUGUUACAAUAAAAAGUCCCUUUUUGUUUUAUUUAAUGAGUUAGAAAAUUGUUUGUAUUGUUUUUAUGUUUUCGUCAUGAUGUGUUUGAUUAUACAUAGUUGAUAAUAUCAACAAGAUUGUUUUUAUAGCACGAGUUUUUUCUUAGCUUUAGGUCAAUUGUCGUGAUUUUUAUAUUUAACAUUUAGAUUAAUCUAUAGAAGAGUAGACAAACAAAAAAGUAAAAUAUAUAGAUUUUCUGUACUAAAAAGUACUGGUAGUUUAUA